UGGAGUGAGGUGGGUCGAGCGGUUUCCGGCGUUGCUGCCAUAGACUGUAGAAGCUGCGUCAGAGUGAGGAGCGGAGAGAGAAGUUCUCAGAGGAGGAGAACGACCUCCGUGACACAAGAUGACACAAUGGAACCAGUUGCAGCAGCUGGACACCCGAUACCUGGAACAACUGCACCAGCUGUACAGCGACAGCUUUCCCAUGGAGCUGCGCCAAUUCCUUGCACCGUGGAUAGAGAGCCAAGACUGGGGUUUUGCUGCCAGCAAGGAGUCGCAUGCAACUCUAGUUUUCCAUAAUCUUCUCGGUGAAAUAGACCAGCAGUACAGCAGAUUCCUACAGGAAUCCAAUGUCCUUUACCAGCACAACCUCAGGAGAAUAAAGCAGUUCCUACAGAGUAGGUACCUGGAAAAACCAAUGGAAAUUGCACGUAUAGUAGCCCGAUGCCUGUGGGAAGAGGGAAGACUUCUUCAGACUGCAGCAGCUGCUGCCCAGCAAGGGGGCCCGGCAUCCCAUCCCACAGCAACUGUAGUGACUGAAAAGCAACAGAUGUUGGAGCAGCACCUGCAGGAUGUCAGGAAAAAAGUCCAGGACCUUGAACAGAAAAUGAAAGUGGUAGAAAAUCUUCAAGAUGAUUUUGACUUCAACUACAAAACUUUAAAAAGCCAAAGUGAUCUUUCUGAUCUGAAUGGUAACAACCAAGCAGUGACUCGGCAGAAGAUGCAGCAGUUGGAACAGAUGUUGACUGCUCUAGACCAGCUAAGAAGGACAAUAAUUAGUGACUUGGCUGGACUCCUGUCUGCUAUGGAAUACGUCCAGAAGACUUUAACAGAUGAAGAGCUUGCAGACUGGAAGAGGAGACAACAGAUUGCGUGCAUUGGAGGGCCUCCAAAUAUUUGUCUUGACCGCCUUGAGAACUGGAUAACAUCUCUGGCUGAAUCUCAACUGCAGACCCGUCAGCAAAUCAAGAAACUGGAGGAAUUGCAGCAAAAGGUCUCUUACAAGGGGGACCCCAUCAUUCAGCAUCGGCCCAUGCUGGAAGAGAGAAUUGUGGAGUUAUUUAGGAAUCUCAUGAAGAGUGCAUUUGUGGUGGAGAGACAGCCAUGUAUGCCAAUGCACCCAGAUCGCCCUCUAGUGAUCAAGACUGGAGUUCAAUUCACUACCAAAGUCAGACUUCUAGUCAAGUUUCCUGAGCUCAAUUACCAAUUGAAAAUCAAAGUCUGCAUUGAUAAAGAUUCGGGGGAUGUUGCUGCGCUCAGAGGGUCACGUAAAUUUAAUAUUCUUGGUACAAACACAAAGGUGAUGAAUAUGGAGGAAUCAAAUAAUGGCAGCCUGUCCGCUGAAUUCAAACAUUUGACUCUUAGAGAGCAGAGAUGUGGCAAUGGAGGAAGAGCCAACUGUGAUGCAUCGCUUAUUGUUACUGAAGAGCUCCAUUUAAUUACGUUUGAGACUGAAGUAUACCAUCAAGGCUUAAAAAUUGAUCUAGAGACUCAUUCAUUACCAGUUGUAGUGAUAUCCAACAUUUGUCAGAUGCCCAAUGCUUGGGCUUCAAUCCUGUGGUACAACAUGCUGACAAACAACCCAAAGAAUGUCAACUUUUUCACCAAACCUCCCAUUGGCACAUGGGAUCAGGUGGCUGAGGUCCUAAGCUGGCAGUUCUCUUCCACCACAAAACGUGGCCUUAGCAUUGAACAGUUAACCACACUGGCCGAAAAACUGCUGGGUCCUGGAGUAAACUAUUCGGGCUGUCAAAUCACCUGGGCCAAAUUCUGCAAAGAAAACAUGGCUGGUAAAGGGUUUUCAUUCUGGGUGUGGCUGGACAACAUCAUUGACCUUGUAAAGAAAUACAUUCUCGCACUUUGGAAUGAAGGGUAUAUAAUGGGCUUCAUCAGCAAAGAGCGCGAACGAGCCAUUCUCGGCACUAAACCUCCUGGGACAUUCCUGCUACGGUUCAGUGAGAGCAGCAAGGAGGGUGGUAUUACCUUUACCUGGGUGGAGAAAGAUAUCAGUGGUAAGACACAGAUCCAGUCGGUAGAACCAUAUACAAAGCAGCAGCUGAACAACAUGUCCUUUGCUGAAAUCAUCAUGGGUUACAAAAUUAUGGAUGCCACCAACAUUUUGGUAUCCCCUCUGGUGUACCUGUAUCCCGACAUCCCCAAAGAAGAAGCCUUCAGCAAGUACUGCCGCCCAGAGAGCCAGGAACAUCCUGAGCCCACGGACCCAGGUAGCACUGCCCCAUAUCUGAAGACAAAGUUUAUUUGUGUAACACCGACAACAUGUAGCAACACAAUAGACUUGCCCAUGUCUCCUCGCACCUUGGAUUCUUUGAUGCAGUUUCCUCCAGAUGGCGCAGAGGCCUGUUCUGGGAGCACUUUUGACAUGGUCAAUUUUGAGAUGGAACUGACUUCUGACUGCGCAUCUUCCCCCAUGUGAUCAGGCUUUGUGUCAGUUUCCAGCAAAUCUGUGUAUUGCCACACAGCCACCAUCUUAGCUGUAUCUAUCUGUACUGGUCUCCUACUGGACACAUUAAAGGUGUUUUUAUCAGUUUGGAAGUCUGCAAGGUAUUAACAAGCAUCCCUAAUGGGUGCUAAAAAUCAUUACUCAAGAACUCGUAGUUCAUGUCAGUCACUUCAUGAUUCUAGUUACUGUUUCUCACUUGGCCAAAUUAGUUUUCUUUUCUAAAGUCUGUGCAGACAUUAUAGCAUUGACUGCUGCCUCGAGGCAAUAAAUGGUUUUUGGAGUGUGAUCACAAUUUGACUGACUCUUGAAGGCUCUUCAGAAUUAUUUAAACCCAAACUUCUCUUCCCAGCCUUCCUAUGUUCUUAUUACUUAUGGAAGUUAGAUCAAUAUUGCUUGAUUCUGUCACUUUUAUCAAAGAUCUUUACUCCUAUGAAUUGGUCUCCAGCAACUUUUAACAAAUAUUGAAUUUGGGGAGAGAGUCUACUAGGUUGUGUUUUACUCCUAAUAGUCUAUUGAUCUCAAAGGUACAGGAUUGAAACCUGCAUGUCUGAUGGCCCUGUUACACAACUGAAAAUUAUAUCUACACUAGGUGCUAGUGCUUCCCUUGGGGUGUUGUGUUUUCAAAAAGAUGAUACUAAAGUUCUGAACCACAAGUCUUUGCCUUUUUUGCUGGAGCUAAUAUUAAAUCUAAAGCAUAUGUCAAGGCAAUAAAAUAUUAGGGCAUAUCUGGAUUACACGCACGUCCCCAUGUUUUAUCUCUUGGGACAUUCUGCAAGUAAAUAAAAAUAACUUUUGUUAUUAGUGUGCCCAUACCUUCCUCUGACAUGAAAACACAGCUUUGAAUUCCUAGGCACAUGACAUCCCUACCUCCUUCAUUUUGUGAUGGAAUACAAAAAGUUAACAACCCAUGGAAGUUUUCUGGCCAAAUCAAAUGGCUAUUUUUUGCACUUAUCAAACAGAUACAACAAAACACUUGGCAGACCAAAAAGGGAGCAAAAAUGAUUAUAUAUAUACGUUUAGUGACCUUCCAUAUCUUUAUUACGUUUUUACUGCUUUUUCAUGUUACCAUGGUCCAUAAAUAGUAGGCCUGGCAACAUCUAAAGCCCAUCUCUGCUUCGAGUUAAGUCAGCUUACCACUCUAGCAGCCUGCUAAGAGAGCUUGGUUUUCUGAAACUGAAAGAAAAGUAGCAAAGCUGUACGUAAAACAAAGACCUAGUCCCUUUUUCUAGGUUAGAGUGACUAUGCGUAAGUGGUCCAGUGUUGCUUUGUUUUUUUGUAAAUCUGCCCCAAUGUGUAUGCUGCUGACUUCUGACAGGCCAAUGCUGCCUGUUGGAUAAAUGCUAGCAGUACAGAGAAUCAAAGGGGUCCAUUUGCAGUAUAUCUACUGUAUAUGUUGUAAAGAAUUUUUAGUGAGUAGCUAUGAAAAAUUAAGCUCCUUUUAGUUAGGGAGGAUAAUUUGGUGGUUGGAAUUAUUGCAAACGUCCAACCACCAUCCUCUCUUUAUGGGUGCCUGAAAUUGCUGUUCUCCUAUUUAAGUGAUAAAACUGUAAUCAAUGCUACAAGCUCCACUCGAAGCCGCAAUAAAUUCUCUGGUCUCCAGGCUGUCGAGUGCCAGCUUCCAGGAGCUUUUUCUAUCUCCAGGCUACACAGCAAGCAAACGGAGAAGCCAGGCACUGAUGACCUCACUCCAUAUAUGUUUACUGCACUGGCUAAAUGAUGGUCCCUACCUAUGGCCACACCCCUUCUACAUGUUUCACCCCAAUGAGCUUAAUUAGGUGAAAUUCGUUAGAGGGGCAUGGCAAUAGGCAGCCAAGUGCAAUAAACACACAUAUGGAGUAAUGUCAUCAGUGUUACGCUUUACAGGUUUUACCUGUAGGUGGCACUGGUGUGUUUGGGCCACAAACAAUGGCUGCGAUUUAAAUUCUGCUUUUAAUGUGAACCCAUGUUCAAACUAGAACAUGUAAGUGAACAUCUUUAUGAGAAGAGUAGCAUAAGGCGGGAGAUAGAGUAGGAUUAUUUUACUCAAUUUUAGCCUAAGGUGGGGGGUUUACCUAUUCUACAGUGCAAUGCUUGGAGCCUGAGCAACCUGUUGGAAACACUGGGCAUUAUUGUGUGAAAUACUGCGAUCAUAGGCAUUAGGAGAUCCUGGGGUGUGCUGGAUGAAUAAAUGAUACAAUAACAAUAGUUUAUGCAGCUUAGUCCCUAUAAAAUUUGAAUCCAACACGGAUUCACUUUAAAACCUUUUUUUAACCUACUGUGAAAUGGUCUUGGGGGGCAAUGUGUGGUCUAGGUAGAUCUAGCAAAAAUCUAAUGUCUAUGGGGACUAAGCAAACACUGCUGGCUGAAGCUAAUUGAAGGAAAAGUGGGCAAGUGAGGAAACAUUGGCUGAUCACUAUUGUUUCCAUUAAUGCUAGCAAUGUGUCUUUCCAGCAUCCUCCUGUUAUAAACAUAAAUGCUCAGUGAUCCAAUCAUACAUCCACAGAAAUCUAGACAUUCUGAUUUUUAUCUGGUCAGCAUCACAUUUACUGAAGAAAACUCUAUGCAUUAUGGGAAUAGUAUUAUGUCAUCUUCUCCCCUAUCAUACUAUUGCUGUGGUUUACAGGCUUUUGCUCAAGAAAGCAUACAGGUAUACCUGAACUUCUGUUCACAAUGCAAUUACUAUAUUUCUGUUUAUAGAAAAAGAUGUUUCUUUAUAUGCAUUUCCAUUAGACCAUAUUAAUAUAAUCCACACUAUCUUCACCCAAUGACUGUAUAUUCUUUAUAUUCUUUUCCAACCACAAAUAUUUAUGUAUUGAAGGUGCAAUCAGUUUUUUUUUUAUCUUUUUAUGGUCAUGUUAAACUUUGUACGCAUGUCUUGGAAAAUGCUUGUCAAUUUUUUGAAUUUUUAAAGAUCUGUAAAAUAAAAA